GCUGGCUGUGCUGUGCUGUGUGUAGCUCGCGCUCUCGCUGCUGUGUGAUUCGUUCAGUACGCUCCAGUCGAUCCAUAAAGUUGGAUCACUUUUCUUUCUGCCAAGCGACGGCAAAACAUAAUUUUAAGUCGAUUAAGGACAGCAGGAAAUAACUGUGCAGCCAGAGUGCAAAGGGCAUCAUGUUGCCCCAUUGGAAGCGGCUGCUGUUCGCCGCUGUAAUUGCUGGAGCAUUAGUUGGUACAAAUGCUCAAUUUUGGACGAAUCCAGGUGCAACGGGCUCCAUCCAUGAGUCGCUCCGUCACCACUCACGAGAUGAUCCUAGAGACACGUUUACCAUCGAUGAAAGUUACGAUAUUGUAGAUUCGGCGAGCGUCCAGCGGGGCGUACCUUUGCCAAAGAACUGUACUGCUGGGUAUGCGGGCUGCGUGCCCAAGUGUAUUGCCGAGAAGGGUAAUCGUGGUUUGCCCGGACCCGAAGGUCAGACAGGACCGAAGGGUCUGACAGGUUAUGCGGGCCCAGAGGGUCCGCCCGGUGACAAAGGUCAGAAGGGUGAUCCAGGUCCAUUUGGAUCAAGAGGUCAAAAGGGUGAGCGAGGAACAAGUGGUAUGCCUGGUCUUCCAGGUGUUGCUGGCGUCCAAGGCCCAGCUGGAAAUCCUGGCGCACCGGGUCUCAAUGGUAAGGAUGGCUGCGAUGGCACCGCCGGCUUGCCCGGUAUUCCAGGUCUAUCCGGCAUGGUUGGUCCUCGCGGUUACUCCGGUGCACCUGGUCCCAAGGGCGACAAAGGUGAACCAGCCAAGGAGAAUGGUGACUAUGCCAAGGGUGAGAAGGGUGAGCCCGGUUUUGCCGGUCGCGCUGGUUCCCCCGGACCUGAAGGACAACGCGGUGAAAAAGGCAAGCGUGGCGACACGGGACCAUACGGACCACCUGGACCCCGCGGUGACCGCGGUAUCAAGGGUGAGAAGGGUGCUGCAUGCUUUGCUACGGCCAUGCCUGGCGAGAAAGGUGACAAGGGCGAGAAAGGAGAUCCAGCUCCGAAGCUACCCGUUCAUGGCUCCGAUACGGUUAUGGGACAGCGCGGCGAUGUUGGCCAGAAAGGUGAAAUUGGCUUUAUGGGCGAGAAGGGUGGACUGGGACCUGCCGGCGAACCAGGACUUGAUGGACCGAAGGGCGAGAAAGGUGUGCCUGGCUUCGUUGGAGAUCGAGGUCGCCCAGGUAACUUUGGACCGACAGGACCUGCUGGACAGAAGGGAGAUCGUGGUGAGACGGGUCUAAACGGAUUGCCUGGAUUGCCUGGCAUGAAGGGUGAGCCAGGACGGCCGGGUCAAUCGGGUGAACGCGGCUUGGUUGGUCCGGCAGGACCCCCUGGUGGUGGACGCGGCCAGCCGGGCGCUCCAGGACCCAAAGGACCUCGUGGCUAUAGAGGUCUGCCUGGCCCUCAGGGCCUCAAUGGUAUGGACGGUCCUCAAGGACCUCAAGGCUACAUGGGUCCCAAGGGAGGUCCUGGCCUGCCUGGACAACCUGGCAAUGAAGGUCCUUCCGGACAGAAGGGCGAAAAGGGUAUUCCUGGAUUCGUUGGCUCUCAGGGUCCAGUUGGACCAAUCGGUCAAAACGGUCCACCAGGACUUGACGGACAAAAGGGUGAACCCGGCUUACCGGGCUAUGGCAUUCAAGGCCCCAAAGGAGACGAUGGCAUCAAUGGCUACCCCGGCCAGAAAGGCUCUAAGGGUGAGCGAGGCUACAAAGGCAAUGCUGGUGUUCCCGGAGAUUCCAAAUUAGGCAGACCUGGUGCACCCGGUCAAGCAGGUGCUCCUGGCCCACAGGGUGAUGCUGGUCGUCCUGGCAUACCCGGUGACAAGGGUGACAUGGGUCCUAAGGGUGAUGCAGGUGGCAAAUGCUCAUUGUGCCCACCCGGGUCGAAGGGAGACAAAGGCGAACGAGGUGUGGACGGCAUUCCUGGCAAUCCUGGUGCUCGCGGCCCACCCGGUGAACGUGGCUAUGCUGGAGAGCGUGGUGACGACGGCAUUAUUGGACAAACAGGACCUCCUGGCGAGAAAGGACUCGAUGGCUUCCCCGGUGCACCCGGUGCAACAGGCAAGCCUGGUAAUUCGGCUUUUGUUAACUGGAGUCAAAUUAUCCCAGAGAAAGGACCUAAGGGAGAGCCUGGAUAUCCAGGAGCCGCUGGUGUUAAGGGCGAGCGUGGUGAUAGCGGAAUACCUGGCGCACCUGGCCUUAAAGGCGAAAUGGGCGUCAAGGGUGAGAAGGGUUACGUGGGCCAAGCGGGCGCAGAUGGUGCUCCUGGCAGUCGCGGACGUGACGGUGUUGAUGGCUUCCCUGGACAGAGCAUCAAGGGUGAACCAGGUCGCCCCGGCUUGGAUGGCUUGAAAGGUGACAAGGGUACCUCUGGAUAUGUAGGACCAAAGGGUGAACCGGGCACUUGUGCGGCUAGUGAACUGAAAGUGCCGAUGAAGGGCAACAAAGGCGACCGUGGUGGCACGGGCAUGCCUGGACCAAAUGGACCAAUGGGCCAAAAGGGCGACAUUGGCAUUCCUGGUGAGAAGGGUUCGACAGGUCCCCAGGGUCCACCUGGCUUAGUUGGUCCUCGCGGAAUAACAGGACCUCGCGGCGAGAAAGGCAAUCCUGGUCAAUAUGGUGCGCCCGGUAACGAUGGCAAGAACGGACUUCGAGGACCACCUGGUCGUUAUGGUGAACGUGGACAAAAGGGAGAACAGGGCGCCACUGUGGUUGGACCACCAGGUCCUGCCGGUCGUGAUGGUUUGACAGGCGAGAAGGGAGAUCGCGGUCCAGUUGGUGCCAAAGGCAUGAUCGGACCUAUUGGCAACCCUGGCUAUCCCGGAGACAAAGGUGAUUCCGGUUAUCCUGGUCAACCUGGUGCCACUGGCGCUCUUGGAGAGAAAGGCGAACCGGGCCCAAUUGGUCCGGAGGGUCGUCCUGGCCCACCUGGUAUACCCGGAAUUGCUGGUGUCCAAGGUCGUGACGGUGCCAAGGGAGAGAUGGGCAGCAUUGGUCUCGUCGGCAUGCCUGGUUACAAGGGCGAACGCGGUGCUCCCGGCAAUGAUGGUCCUAAAGGCUUAACUGGCUUAGCUGGUGCUCCCGGCAAGCGCGGUCCACCUGGGGCUGCAGGAAUUCCUGGCAUGAAGGGCGACAAGGGCGCUCGCGGCUUGACUGGCAACAAUGGUCUUCCCGGUGCUCGAGGCCCCACUGGACCACCCGGCAUGAUGGGUGUUAAGGGAGAUAUAGGACCACGUGGUCUGCCCGGACAGGAUGGGUUAAAUGGUCUGAACGGAGAGAAGGGUAACCAAGGUCUUCCUGGUUUUGAUGGACCUCAGGGAGAGCCUGGCGAUGCUUCCGAGAAGGGACAGAAAGGUGAACCUGGUGUCUCCGGACUGCGUGGUCAAGACGGUCUACCCGGUGCUCCUGGACAGCCAGGCGAGAAGGGUUUGCCUGGUAUUGCUGUGCAUGGUCGACCAGGCCCACAGGGCGAGAAGGGUGACACAGGACGCGAUGGAAUCUACGGAGAAGAUGGAAUGCCUGGUGAGAAGGGUGACCGUGGCUUCAACGGAGCACCUGGUGCGAAGGGCGAUAAGGGCAAUGCCGGACUGCCUGGUAAUCCAGGAACGCCUGGACGCGAUGGCCUGCCUGGACCACAGGGUAAUCCCGGACCGAUCGGCUAUCCAGGUGCCAAGGGCAUUAAGGGAGAGCGUGGCCCAGGAGGUGUUGAUGGACUUAAGGGCGCAAUGGGUCUGCCGGGCCGUCCAGGCUAUCAAGGAGCACCUGGCUUGAAGGGUGACAAGGGCGAAAAGGGUCUCAGAGGCCCAGCCGCUGAAGUUGAUCUGUUUGCGUUGAGAGGAGAAAAGGGUGUACCCGGAAAUCCAGGCUUGACUGGCUUACCCGGACUCCAAGGCAUCAAGGGCAACCAAGGCCCAGCUGGCUACCCCGGCGAAAAAGGAGAGCGCGGCUUAACUGGACCAGCUGGCAUUCCCGGCUUAGCUGGAGAGCCUGGACUUAAGGGCGAUAUGGGCUUGACUGGAGAACGCGGCUACCCAGGUCCUGUUGUCCGGGGAGAGAAGGGUCUGCCUGGCCGUGCUGGCAAAAAUGGACGUACAGGCGCUCCUGGCUUGCCUGGCUUGAAGGGUGAGCGUGGCUUGGCUGGCUUGCCGGGUAAUGCUGGUCUAGUCGGCUUGCCCGGUCCCAUUGGUCCCAUGGGCCCCAAGGGUGAACGUGGUUUGACUGGUCCUCCUGGCAUUAACGGCAUCGCUGGCAUGAAUGGGGAGGCAGGCGAGAAGGGUGACGUUGGCUAUCCUGGCUUGAAGGGUGAUCGCGGCUAUCCUGGCCUGGAAGGCCAAAAGGGUGACAAGGGUAAUACAGGACCUGCCGGUCCUCCGGGUCUCAGCGGUCUAGCUGGUCUUAAGGGCGAUAUUGGCGCACCUGGUUUGGCGGGCCAUCCGGGUCCAGUUGGUGCACCAGGCGAGAAAGGAUUCACCGGUCCAAAGGGUCGUGAUGGUCGCGAUGGCCUGCCCGGUCUGCGCGGCGAAAAGGGCGAGCCCGGCAUGGUGCCUCCACCCGGCCCCAAGGGCGAGCCUGGUCAUCCCGGACGUGAUGGAGAAAAGGGCGAUCGUGGACCUCCAGGUGAACGCGGUCUAAUUGGCAUGCAGGGCGAGCGUGGCGAGAAGGGCGAACGCGGCUUAAUUGGCUUAACUGGUCCCGUUGGCCGACCCGGCCUCAAGGGCGAGCGCGGCGAACAAGGCUUGAUUGGACGAGAGGGUGAAAUCGGUCCCAUUGGCUUCAAGGGUGAGCCCGGUCUGCCCUGCACUGGAGCUCAGGAUUAUCUCACUGGCAUACUACUAACGCGCCACAGCCAAAACGACCAGGUGCCACAGUGCGCACCCGGACAAGUUGAACUCUGGACGGGCUACUCGCUGCUUUUUGUAGAUGGCAAUGACUUUGCCCACAACCAAGACCUGGGCUCUCCCGGCUCCUGCGUGCCACGCUUUUCCACACUGCCCGUAAUGUCCUGUGGACAGAACAACGUUUGCAACUAUGCCUCGCGCAACGAUAAGAGCUUCUGGCUGUCCACCUCAGCGCCCAUACCGAUGAUGCCCGUCAAUAGCCAAGAGAUUAGCAAAUACAUUUCAAGAUGCGUCGUCUGUGAGGCACCGGCGAAUGUUAUUGCUGUUCACAGCCAGUCGCUGGCGAUACCCAACUGCCCCAACGGCUGGGAAGGACUAUGGAUUGGCUACAGUUUCCUCAUGCACACGGCUGUGGGCAAUGGAGGCGGUGGUCAGGCUCUGCAAUCGCCUGGCUCCUGCUUGGAGGACUUCCGUGCCACGCCGUUCAUUGAAUGUAACGGAGCUAAGGGACACUGCCAUUUCUACGAGACAAUGACCAGCUUCUGGAUGGUUACCCUAGAGGAUAACGAUCAGUUCCAGAGACCCGAACAGCAAACAAUCAAAGCAGGCAAUUUGCUCUCACGUGUAUCCAGGUGUCAAGUCUGUGUGAAGAACUCGUCAUAAAGCGCACACCAAUAAUUUUAAUCUAAAUGUAAUGCCUUAACUAUACCAACGAACAAAAAACAACAAACAAACAAACACACACAUACACACACACACACACACACACACACACACACACACGCACACUAGAACCAACACUGCUACCAAAUUCCUUAAAAACAAACAACUAACCAAAUACAUACAAAAAGUACCCAAAGAAGAAAUAUAUAUAUAAAUAUAUGUAUGUGUAGGUCCACUCCAAUUAGGGUGGAGCGCGUUUGCCAUUUUUUGUAUCUGCCAUUUUUAAAGAAAAAGAAAAACAAAUGAAAUACCAAUGUAAACUGCUUCUUAGUUACGAGUAAGUUAAGUAAAUCAACAACAACAAAUAAACUAGCCUGGUAAUAUGUAAAACAAGAAAACAUCGAAUAUAUCGAAUAAUACAGCCAAGUUGUUUCCUUUAUCUGUCUGUAUCUUCCCUGUGUUUGAGAUGUGAAGGAAUUGCUCGAAUUAAUACACUAAAUUGACUCUGAAUCAAAUUUUGC